AUGCAGAUAAAUGUGACACUGCCGCUCAAGUGGGCUCAAUGUGGAGGCUACAUAAUGAUCGUGAUUUUGGUGAAUGUUUUGAUGAUUUUUCCAUUGUCAGGAUUUCUUUUCCAUGAUUUUUACUCCCGAAUGAUCCCUUCUGACUCAACUCGAACAGUGCUCUUCUCGGAAAGCAGAAGAGAAUUGGGCAGCUGGUCUGGCAAAUCUACGUUCAAUUUUGUAUUCCAACGGCACUCUACAAAUACUGUGAUGCUCCCACAAAUUGAAAUAAACGGUUUUGCGCAAAAUGUGCCUCUCAGAGCUGAUAUUCCUUAUAACAUGAACCUUGACCUCGACAUUUUUUGUCUCAACAAGGUGACCGAUCUAUGCUUGAAGGAUGGGGAAGUGACUAUCUCAGUGAAUAGAGCUGGAGAGAGCGUAGACAAGACUUUGUUUCGUAAAACUUUGCUACUUAGCUGCGCGAAUACAAGAGAUAUUCCAAAUAUGGGCGGAAGUGGCAGACUAUCAUUAACGUUUGCUCAGAAAGUUCAAAAAGAGCUAGUCAACUCUUUCCACUUUGAUAAUCCGAUUUCAAUUGAACACAAUGUGAAAAGCCUGGAUAUUACGCUUAAACUGGCAGGAAAUGCUAACGUUAUCAUCGACCCAAAUCGUUCUUACCUCACGUUCUCCAUGAACUUUGACCACAGCCUGAGAAAUUUGAUGAUCAGAUGGAGGACACUCGCUUACGUUCUCGGAACUCUCAUCUUCAAUGCCAUCAUUUCCUUUUUUUUCUUGAUAGCCUUUGCCAUAAGCUUCUUCCGUGCUGGCCACGCCAAGAGCGUCAAAGUGGAGUGA